AAAAGUGAAGCCAAAUCCAUAACUCCAAAUAAACCUGAGGUUUCAAAAACUCUUCUUGACUUUGGUGGAGAUGUGACUGGAUCUGUGUCAAACACUGAGAAAAUCUCAUCAAGUCAGUUCUUUGGAAUCAAAAAGAGGUAUUCAAUGUUUCUUAAAUUUUAAACAUCACAUUGUGUUUCUUUUUAAGUUUUUGAAGCAUUUUACCCAGAUUGACGAAGGAAUACACUGGGGUGAAAUAUAUAUCGGGCAUAUGACAGUGAUAUGAAAGUUAAUUAUUUUAUCUUAAAAUUUGUUGAUAUGGUAAGAUUUCACAGAACUAUAACUUUCAUAGGAAGAAAUUAUUUUCUUUCAUUGAAAGAGUUCUUAGAGAUAUAGAUUAGGAACUUUUAAAAUAAAACAAUUAAUCCUGGAAACUUUACUGAUGAAUUCAAAUUCUGAUGUUUAAGAUGUGCUAUUAUUAACAAUGUAUUACUUUUAAAAAGCUGAAGAACUAUGGAAAUAACUUGAACAUUUCAGCAGAUCAUGUGAAAUGAAGGUCUAUGUCACAGCAGAUUAUAUGAUAUGAAUGUCUGCAUCACAUACACUUAAACAGAGACCAUAAAGUUGGGACAGUUAUUCAUACAAUAUAACUUUGAGUAAUUUGUAAAGAAAUGCAACUUGAAUCAUUCAUGGGACAAGUAAACUUAAGACUAAUAAAACACAUACUCUUCCGUAACACUUAGGUUAACAUUCUCUAAAGCAUUGCCUGAGGACUUGAUGUGCAUGGAAAGAGAAACACACAGGAAAAACUUCAAGUCUGGAUCAGCUUUCUUGUAAGUUAUUUUUAAAUAAGAAUUAAUUGAAAAAUUAUGCACUAUUUCUUCAUAUUUUAUCCGUUAUUAUUUAGACUUAAAUUUUCUUUUGCUAAUUAUGGUUUUGUGUCUACAGAAAUAACCAUGAUACUCAACCUGCAUCUGUUUCAUCGGAUCCGACAAAAACAUCAGAUGUGAAUUCUGCCGGCUCAUUACUGGAAAUCAGCUCAGCCUCAUCUGAUGAUUUCUGCAUAGUAGAUAAUGAAUCUGUCGUCGUCACCAUCACUUCCGAAGAUAAAAAAAAUGGCAAGAGGAAAAAAGAUGGUGUCAGUUCAACCCAAACCAAGACAGCCAAUCAAAAGGAUGAUGUUAAUUCAACCCAAACCAAGACAGCCAAUCAAAAGGAUGAUGUUAAUUCAACCCAAACCAAGACAGCCAAUCAAAAGGAUGAUGUUAAUUCAACCCAAACCAAUACAGCCAAUCAAAAGGAUGAUGUCAAUUCUCCCCAAUCCAAGACAAUCAAUAAAAAACUUAGGACUGGCAGCUCACUGACUGAAAAACAACAAUCAAUUCAUCAGCCAAAGACAUUAACUGUAAAGAAUCAACAGUCAACUCACCAGCCAGAGGCAUCAAUUGUAAGGCAUCAACAGUCAACUCACCAGCCAGAGGCAUCAAACGUAAAGCAUCAACAGUCACCUCGCAAGCCAGCUCAUAAAAAACAUCAAAAACAAAGAAAUGUAAACAAAAGGAAUAGAAAGAAUACCGCUGCUCAGCCAGAUUGUCUAAAUACUGGUGAUGAGUCACAGAGACCUAAUCCAGUCCCCACCAGAGAGGAUUCUCAAAGUGAUGAAGUGAGAAAUAUUACCGUAAAUGUGACUGCUCAGCGGCAGCAAAAUGAGG